GAUAGAGAGGCAUAGAUUUGCAAUACAAGCUAGUAAUAAAUUGGAUUAACAAUAUAAAUAAUUUCUCAUGACAAAGUUAGUUCUUAAAUUCACCUAUGAUGUACACACAUCCUACCUACGCCUGUCUCACGAUCCGAUGACUGUACGCUACUACACUAAUCUCAUUGCCCUUCUCCAACAUAACAAUGUCGUCAUCUUCAUCACCUAUCUCCAAUAUAGCAGCAUAACCAUCUAUACUUAUUUAACUUUCUCCAUUCUUUUCUCGCAUACCCUCUCCAAGUCCCCCCCACCUUGUAUAAAUCGCAUUCGCUAGAGUUCAUUGCGAGCUCAGAACAUAUAAAAGGGAAUAUUACUAGAGCAUAAAUUAGUACAAGUCGUAUUUUAUGCAAAAUUUUGACGAGAUACUACGAAUUUGUACGAUUUUACCCGAAAAAUCAAAUCACUAUACUUCCCUUGAUUCAAAUAUUUCUCGGUCACACUUAUAGCAAACAUACCAUAACUUGCCCAAACUUAGCUAUGAUAAUAAGGUUUGAUAUCCCCUGUACCCAUUUUACACCCCAGUGGUCUCCACCCCUCUACAUUGGCAGUCCACGUCGGUGAGUGGAUCGGGUCAAAUACGAUUUGGAUAUGUGAUGUACCGUUAAACGAGUUUAGAGAAAAAAAAUAUGUUUUCUAAGUUUAAGAACCUAGAUAAUAUAGUCGUACAAGUUUACAGGCGGUCUAUGCACUCUGCUCUAAAACAAACAACCCCUGUACUCCAGAAGACAGCACGGAGCGAAAGACCACAGAGGAUCCAUCCGUUCCGUUGUGAUACCCAUGCUGUUAUCCGGUUCACAAGCAAGCCCACAUCUGCUCCUUCCAUUUGUACCCACGUCUGCUGUCCAUUGACCGGUUGACCGCCCUGACUGCCCCGUACCAGCGACAGCUUUUCCCUUCCAUUUCUUUUCUCCUUUCUCUCUCUAUACUCCACUCAUGUGCUGUACUACACUGACACUCCCCUACAGCUGCAGCUGCCUCCCCUCUCCUCCCACUUCGCCCGCCGCCAUGCGCCGUGCACUCCGGCCAAUGAUUCCACCUGAAAGCCGCCAUUGCCGCCGCUCUCCUCCUCUCCUCUCCCUCUCCUGAGGUAGACAGUUUGCCAGUCAGAUAGUAGUAGGUAUUAACAAGAGUUGUCUCCUACUACUCCUACUGUACUUCUUGGCUUUCUGGUGGUGACCCGCGAUCGAUCGAUGUCCAUGUCCAUGUCCACAGCUACUACCACUCCAGCAGUGCUCCGCCUGUCGACGGACAUGGCGAUGUCCGAGUGCGCGGCGACGAUGCCGGCGACGACGGCGCACCACCACCACCACCACGCCGUUGCGUACUUCGGUCUUUCUUGCGCUCUCGCCGUGCUGCAUCGUCGCUCGGGUGGUGGUGGUGGUGGGUGUGAUCUUGGCGCCGGGCCGCGGCGGUGCCGGUGGUCGCGGCGGAGAGAGCUCGCGCUGCGGGAGAGGGUCGGGGAGCUGGAGAGGGAGGUGGAGGAGCUCCGGCGGAGGAGGGGGGAGGAUGCUAGGGCCAACGAGAAGGUGGCCGGCAUAUUCGCGGCGCACGAGCAGCGGUGGUUCGCGGAGCGGAAGGGGCUGCGGCGGCAGGUGCACGCCGUCGUCGCCGCGGCGCGGGCGCGGGAGGCGGCGCACGGCGAGGCCGUGGCGGAGCUGACGAGGCAGCUCGAGGAGCAGGAGCAGCGCGCGGCGGAGGCCGCGGAGCAGGAAGCGGGGCGGCGGGAGGAGGCCGAGGGGAAGCUGCGUGCGGCGGAGGAGGCGGCGGAGCGCGCCGGGAAGGAGGCCCAGGAGCACGCCGCCGAGCUGCGGAAGCACAGGGCGGCGCUCGCGGAGCUCGCGACCGCGCGGCGGGAGCUGGAGGCGGAGCUUGCCCGCGCGGCGCGGCGCGGGGACGCGGCGGAGGCGGAGCUCGGGGAGGCCCUCGAGCGCCGCGACGAGGCCGCGUCGACGGCGGCGGAGCUCUCCGCGGAGUGCGCGCGCCUGCGGCGCGACGCGGAGCACAAGGACAAGAUCCUCUCCGCGAUGCUGCGCAAGUCCAAGAUCGACAUGGAGGACAGGGAGAUGCUGGUGCGCGAGGUGAAGAUGUGCAAGGCCAGGCGGAAGCAGGCGGAGCUGGAGGCCGACCGGUGGCGGAAGAUGUGGGAGUCCCGCCAUCGCCGCGGUUCCAGGUCGUCGGCGAGGUGCGCCGCCGCGGCGGACCACCCUGGCUGCUCCGACAAGCUGACAUCCCCCGACGCCGCCGUGGCGCCGUGCGCGCACGACACCAAGAUACUCUUCGUGGACCGCGUCGAGGACGCCGACGCCGCCAAGAAAUGCCGGCACACGGCGGCGCCGCCGCCGCCGCCGACGAAGGAUCCCACCACCGUCGAAUGCGUCGACCGCUAUCCCAGCCACGUCGACGACAAGCCUGUGGUGGAGGAGUACCAGGAUUUGCAGGAGUGGUUCAAGAUGGAGACGGAGAAGUACACGAGCAUGAUCCGGCGCCGGCACAGCGCGGAGGUGGAGGCGUUCACGGAGCAGCUCCGGCUCAAGGACGAGAAGCUGGAGGCGUUCCGGUGGCGCGCGGCGAGCAUGGACGCCGAGGCGUCGCGGCUCCGGUCCAGGCUCCAGGAGCUCGAGGCGCGGCUGUCGGAGCAGGAGCAGCGCCGCGCCGCGCUGGAGGCGCUGCUCGUCGCUAGGGACGACGAGAACCGGUCGCUCAUGGAGCGGCUCGCCGCGUCGGACGACCAGGGGCGUGCCCUCGACGUCGUCGUCGUCGACGGCGGCGGCGGCGGUUGCGAGCAUCGCGCUCCGCGCUCGCCGGAGGGCGCUGAGGCUGCGGAUGCUCGUCUCGCGGUCGCGGAGAUCAAAUCGCUCGAGCCGGUUUCGCCGGGUGGGGACACGAACAAGGUGUUCGACAUGGAAGAAACAGAGGCGCGCGACGUCGAGAUCUCGGUUCAGAACGACGUGUCCGCCGCGGUGUCGCCGGACGAGCUUCAGCUGGUCGAACACGACGACCACCGGGCGAUCGCGCCGGCGCGAAACUCGUACACAUGCGAGAUCGAGGAGGAAGAAGACGAGGAGAAGGAACUGCCCUCCUCCUCCUCCUCCUCCUCGCUCGCGCUCGUGGUCGCGGCGCCGCCGGAGCAGAGGACCACGGCUUCCAAGAUGGACAUCCAAGCGCUCGCCGUGUCGUACAAGAUCAAGAGGCUGAAGCAGCAGCUGCUCGUCCUCGAGAAUCUGGCCGCCGCAGCAGCCGGAGGCAAGGACACGGUGACCACCGCAACAAAUCCGUCAACCAACACCGCCGCCGCCACAGCCGCCGGCGGCGGCGGCGGCGGCAGGCAGCAGUAUCCGAGGAGCUACCAGAUGAUGGUGUCCUUCCUGAGCAAGCACGUCAAGAGGUACCAGUCCCUCGAGGACAAGAUCGACGACCUCUGCACAAGAAUGGAGGAGAGCAAGCGUGGCGGCGGGCGGGAGCGGCAUCAUCGGCGGCGGCGGCAGCGGCGGGAGAGCGAGGAGGACGGGAGCGGCGACCGGGAGCAGAGCGCGGCGCUGGCGCGGUUCUUGGAGGAGACGUUCCAGCUGCAGCGGUACAUGGUGGCGACGGGGCAGAAGCUGCUGGAGAUGCAGUCCAGGAUCGCGCCGAGCCUGGAACGCGCCGCCGGCAAUGGCGGCGGCAACGACGGCGUGGACAUGGGGAGGUUCAUGGACGUGGUGGGCGCGCUGCUGCGGGACGUGCAGAGGGGGCUGGAGGUGCGGAUCGCGAGGAUCAUCGGAGACCUCGAGGGCACGCUCACCUUCCAUGGCAUCCUCCACACCACCUUCUGAAAAUUCUGAAAUUCUUCUGACAUGGGACGCCUACACUUAACUUCUUUCCUUGUUCGAUCUGAAACUAUAAGGGAGUUACACUGUGACUUUACACUUGAAUUGCAUAGGGGUAUAAUAAACUACGAUCAAUAUUUCCUAUCAACUCGAGCUAAGAUAGAGCUUUUCUCUUAAGCUCGAAUAGCUCGCGAGCCUAAGGAAUGUAGCUCGACAGUUUUUACAGUUAUCUCUAUUGCUAUUUUAGGACGGAUAGAAUGUAGCUUGAUAUGAAUGUAGCUCGAAUCCGUCCUAUAAAGAUAGCUGUAUUUUAGGACGGAUGAAAGUACUAGAAAAAAACAGACUCGAAUUUCCUUUGACCAUAUAUAUUUUUAAGUAUCAAAUGAGGGUGUCCUGAGGCAUUCACAACUCAAGAACUAUGAUAAUUUCUUCUAAUUAUACCAUUUA